AUGGAUUUGGAUUAUAGUAGUGACAAUUCGAGAUUAGUAGCUGACAACCAAAACAAUAAAACCAACACAAAAAAUCAAUCACAGCUAUCUACAUCUUCACAAAUACCACAAACAUCACAAUCAUAUCAACAACAACAACAACACAAUCAACAACAACAACAACAACAACAACAAAAACAAAACUCACGACCUUCAAGCCCAAAAACGAUUCAAGCAAAGGUUAAUAAUAAUAAUAAUAAUAAUAAUAAUAAUAAUAAUAAUAAUAAUAAUAAUAAUAAUAAUGGAGCAACAAUAUCUCACCCUCCAACAUCCCAAUCAAAUGAAGAUCUUUCAAGCUCUGCAGAGAUUCACCACGAUGAUUCGGCACAAUUAAAUUCUAAUAUAUUUGAGAAUUUAGGCUUCGUUAUUGAUAUUACUAUAAAUUUAAAGAGGAAGAUGGAAUUGGUUAAAAUAAUUAAAAAAAAUGGAGGCAAAAGUUGUUAUUCUUGUACAAAGGCUACUCACUUAAUUACAACUAAACAAGGGUAUCUAGAAAAAACACAAAAAGUAACACAAGCAAUAUCACUAGGUAUACCUAUUUUAGUAAAAGAGUAUGUUCAUUAUUGUGCUUUUAAAAAGGAAUUACUCGGAGUAGAAAAUUAUUUGGUUUCUUCUUUAAUUUUGAAUCCCACAUCUACAACAUUAAAUAGUUCUCAAGAUUUAAUUGAAAAACCAAAUGAAGAGGAACCUCAAAAUGGAACAAUCAAUGAACAACCAAUAGCAAUGACAAUCGAUAAUACUUUGGAAAGUAAUAAACCAAUAGAAACAAUACAGCCUUCAUCUUUAGAAAAACAGGAACCAAAAGAAACUGAAUUACAAACACAACAACAGCCACAAACAGAGUUAAAAUCAGAAUUAGAACCACAACAACUUCAAUUAAUACAAGAAAAAGAUAAAAAUAUAAACAAUUUAUCAAUUGAUUCAAAUCAUAUGGAUACAUCGAAAAUAGAAGCAGGCAAUAAUAUUUCAAAUCAAACCCAAUCGAAUAUUAUAAGCUCUGUAGUUCAAACAAUUGAACCUCUUAAAGAAUGUAACAAGAUCGAUCUUGAUAAUAAUAAUAAUAAUAAUAAUAAUAAUAAUAAUAAUAAUAAUAAUAAUAAUAAUAAUAAUAAUAAUAAUAAUAAUAAUAAUAAUAAUAAUAGUAGUAGUAAUAAUAAAAAUAAAAAUAAUGUAGAUGAAGCACAAGAAGGAUUAAAUAUAAAUAGUGUAAUGGAUGUUCAUUUAACAUCAUCGACAUCAUCAACUUUAUCAUCAUCAGAUAAUCAAGACAAUGAAUUAUUGAGAGAUGAGGGUACAACACCUAAAUCUAAAAAGAAAUUCUCACAAAAAAAGAAUCAUCUUUUAAAUUUAAAGAAAAGUUAUCAAGAUCCAGAGAUUAUAGCACACUCAAGACCAAGAAAAAGUAGUGGUGGUGUUUCUUUGGUAGAGGCACUAUCAGAUCAUGCAAAUUAUAUUUCAAAUUUAGAUGGUUUUAAAUAUUAUGCCAGAGCUAAUAAGAGUAGUCUAAAUAGUAAUGCUACUACAUCAGGAGGCAAUAAUAGAUCAAUCAAAUUAAACGAGUAUAAAUAUGAUGAUGAAGAGGAAGAUGAAGAAGAUGAGGAUGAAGAAGAUGAAGAAGAGGAUGAAGAAGAGGAGGAGGAGGAGGAGGAGGAAGAAGAAGAUUAUGAUGAUGAGGAUUUAAAUGAUGAGGAAAGUGAUGAAGAUGAUUUUGAUAGUGAUGAAGAUGUUUCAAGAUUUAUUAAAGGAAAGUUAUUACAAAAACAACAGAAAAUCUAUAAAGAUUUAGAAAGAUUCGAGCAUUCUCGUCAGCAGCAACAUCAUCACCACCAAUCAAGUCAAGUCAAUAGUUCAAAACCAAGAUCUAGAUCACAUUCUAGAGAUUAUAUCGAAAGUGAAAUUGCCAAAUAUCUCCUCAAUAAUAGUGAGAAACAAAUACCUUUAUCACCAACAAAGAAGAGAUCAUUAUCAAAUCAAUUUCACCAAGAUGGAGGUAAUAAUACCACCGAUGGUAACUUGUUUAAUAAUUUUAGUACCAAUGGAGGAGGUAAUAGAACAAAUAUUGAUGAUUCCAUAAAACAAUCAAUAUUGGAAUCACCAUCAUCAUCAUCACUCAAAUCUAGUAAAAGUAAAAAAUCAAAAAAACCAUUCUUACCUCCACUUUCGACAUUAGUUCAUAUCUUAGUUACUUUUAUCAUUCUUAGUGCAUUUUUUAUGUCUUUACCCUCAAAUUAA